AUGUCGACGGUGACAGCAAUUAACCUGGUGCUGCCUGAGAUUGAGGUGCAUUUGGACAGCUCCAGUAUAGAUGGCCAACUGGUUCUGAACCCCAGGAGUACCCUGGUGGAUCCUGUGAUGAAGGUGGAGCUCAUGGGAAGAGGCUACCUGAGGUGGCUUGAGGAGGAUAAUUCUGAACUGGACUAUCACAAGAGCAUGGCUUGCACCAAUCAGGCUAUCUAUGUCUCCAAAGCAAAGAAUUUCCUCAUAGAGGGGUCUGUUAGGAAUCCUGAAAAUUUAGUCUGCAGAUCACAGAUGGCUGGCUGGCGGGAUUCUGGGGUCCACACUUCUAACUUCCACUUUAGCUUUCCUCCAAAUAUUCCCUCCACAUUCACCGAUGCUCAGGAGGACUGUGAUAAUUCAGCCAUGUCACAUUCGGUGCAGCGAGGAAGACUGUCCUCUGGGAAAAACAUAUUUUGCCCUGAUGACACCAUUGUCUUCAUGACAGAUAUUGCCAAUAGGACAUGCAAGUAUGUUAGAAAGGUCAUUUUUGCUGUACACUGCAUUGUCCUGUAUAGUGGCUUCAGCAGCAGGGGAGAGCAAUGCUCCUUGGAAGACCAAGUGAAGUGA